AUGGACACUUACCCUUCCGAGUUUUUAUGCCACCCUGUGCCUGUGCUGGCAGUGUACGGUCUCGAAGUUACAGACACAGCAGCAACUGCAGAACAGAAUGCGCAGCCAUCCGAUACAGAAACGACCAAACAAUCCAGCUCAUCGACUAAUGCGGUUCCUAUGCGAUCCGAAUUGGCUAAAACGCUCACAACCAUCUUCACUAACAAGCCAACGUAUACCGUCUAUGACGCUGUGGCCAAUUCCACUCAACACGGCAAUUCAGUCAAUGCCCCGUAUCUAAAAGUCAUCCAAGUGCCCGAGAAUUUUACGUUUCCUGAACGCGCUUCGACCCCGCCCAACGCUCCAUUAAUGCAUUCUCCUUUGUCGCCUCUUUCACCGCAGUCGCCUUUACAUCCGGAUGGGUUAAUAUCAACAUCAUGGGUCAAAAAACAUUUGGAGACACCAAGCGUUGUGGUUGGGUUUUACACAUUGUGGGAUCCCUCGGCCGAAGUCGGUAGCCCACCGAAACCGAAGCGAGAGGUGGGCCCUCUGGCAUCCCAUGUGCUUAUUGAUCCCGCGGAGCGAGAAAAGGAUGCCGCGUUGGUCCAGAAAAUUAAUGAUCGUAGGAAAUAUUUCCAGGACAAAGGUGUGAAAUUUUCAGCUGUCAUUUUGUUGGAUGCAAAGCAAACAGAGGAUGGGGCUGUUGAAGAGCGACUAUCCAUGAUAAAGAAACAGAGCGGUUUGGACAGCAAAUAUUCCUUUUUCACCGUCGCUUCGGGACCGCAGCAAGAAAUAGAAGCAUUUGUCAAAGACUUGUACCGUUCAUCAUAUGAUGCCGCUUUACAUUUUUACGCAAACCGUAUCAAGAAAAUUCGCAAGAAGCGAGCCAAGCUUCCGUCCACAGCGAAUGCGAGCAGACCAUCGAUGAUUGAUUUGGGAAAUACCGAACCUCAGCCACUGCCAGUUCAGGGAUGGCUGUUCCGGUCUUAUGAGAAUGCUUACACCAUCCUCGCGGAAAUACUUGCUCCUGUAUCCUCGGCAAGUCUUGGCCUUGUCCAUUUGCCUGUUCACAGCAAGCGAUGGUACGAAGCUCGCGUCCUCGUGGAUUCCUUAAACAUCAAGAUAUGUCGCUUUUAUUUGGCUUUGAAUGAUUCAGCAUCAGCAGUGGCUCAAUUGAAUGGCCAUUUGCAUAUGUUCCAGACUUAUGCUAUGAAAUGGAGCAUGGGAGACCAAUCCUUUGAAUAUUGGGAAUGGCUUUCCAAACAAUAUCGAAUUUUUGCCGAUGUUGUAGAUGAUGCCACCCAGCAUGGAUUCAAGAUCCCUCUUUCUACUGCUUAUACGUCGAGCAAUACGGGAUCGUCUAUGGGUAUUGGCAGUCCUUUACUUGGCAACGCGGCCGGUAAUCUGAGCGGCGGCUCGAAUCUCAGUGGUUGCAAUCCUGCAGCUAUUUUACAACAUCCUGGGUUCUACUACCAUCUUGCAGCCAUGUGUUGUGCGGAACGACGACGACGUUUUAUCGAACUUGAACGUGCAACGCUCGCCAAAGCCUCGGCCAAUGCAGGUUCUGCUUCGGAGACCGAGGCUGGCCCUACCGGUCUGGAGCAACUGCUGGCUCAAGAACGACAAGUCAAUCACUCUGGUCUCACCAUUGAACUAUUGACAAAGAGCUAUGAGCAAUUCAAACGUCAUCGCAAUGGUCGCAUGACACUGUACCUCGCGGCAGAGAUAGCGGGGACUUACUACGAAACCGGCAAAUUCGAAAUGGCACUCAAAUUCUUUGAACGCAUUGGCAAAACCUAUCGAAAGGAAAACUGGCAUAUGGUACUGACAUCGAUUUUGAGGUGGUCACUUCGUUGUGCCAAGGAACUCCAGUCCUGGGACCGUACGAUCGAAUGCUUAAUUGAACUACUGUCCGGCAAGCUUCCUAUGACGGACCAGAAACGACAAGAUAUCCAGCAGGAACUGAUGGAUAUUAUUCACAAGCAAGAACCUAUUGAACACUCCCCGAUGGUGAUCAACAUGGAUCAAAUCAACACAUUUGUGCAUUGCUCUGUUCAGUUCCAGUCGCAAACCAAUUUUGUGGAUACCGCUGUCCCUUUCCAGAUCACAUUGACGACCGAUAAAACCUCACCGCCUCUACCUUUCCGAUUCAGUGCGAUGCGAAUAAUAUUCAACGAUGCCCAAUAUAACAUGAUCCUGCGUGACACCAAUACGGAGGAAGGACAUCAAAAGAUGGAGCUCAUCGAUUGCACUGACGGCCUCACGACGGUGGCGGAAGGUGAUCACAGUGGAUGGCAGACAAAAGAUGUGGACCUUGGUAUAACAAGCCAUCAAAAGAAGGUUAUCCAAGCCGCCAUAUUCCCUAAAGAGUGCGGUCAAAUCAAAAUGGUUGGCAUUUAUCUGGAUCUGAUUUCAGCUCAUUGGAACAUUGCCCUGCAUUACCCGUUAGAUACCAAGGUCGUAGAGAACGAACCACCGAGUCGCCGCAAAUGGCUCGAAGAAUCCAAAGUGGGUGACAAUCCAAAGUUCAAAUUACUGGGCGGUCGCGGGGAAUUGCACGAAGUCCGGAUUAUGCAAAAGCCUCCUCGCAUUGAUAUCAAAGCAGCUCAUCAUACCCCUGCAUUGCUUAACGAGCAUUACAAAGUCUGUGUGGCGAUCACUAAUCGGGAAAGCGAAUCAAUUUUGGGAAAACUAAGUGUAACAAUGAAAAAUAUCGAAGGCGCAGUGAAUGGUGACUUUGUAUCUUUUGACGAUGGAUCGGCCGAGAUGAAGCAAGGCAUGAGCGAGUUGGACUUGGGAACCAUCGCAUCAGGAGAAACUGUAACAAAAGAAAUCUAUCUCCACGGUGAUGAAGUCUCAGGAUCUAGACUGGUGACAAUGACAGUCGGCUAUACCAUGUCCUCCACUGGAAAAUCGAACCCAUUGAUAGAAAAAACUGAACUGGUUCGCAUUCCGUUUGUGGCACCUUUUGACACAAAGUUUGAGCUGUGCACGCUAAGCGAAAAACCCAGCCAUGCCACUUCACCCGUUUUGGACAAGGCGGAACGGUGGCUGGUCAUUGCGGCCAUCAAGUGUUGUUCUGCGUGGGAUCUGGAGAUUCAGGAUAUCCAAUUGGAAUUUUUGACGGUAGAUCAUCCUAAUGUACAAACGAAAUUAUUAUCCGGGGUGGAAGGCUUUCAUCCUCAGCAAUGGAAAACGGGCCAUGUGUAUAAUGCCGAUUAUCUGUUCCGACUGGUUACGGAUGAUCUUACUGAGCCGCAGCCACCCAUUCCAAUUGGGUCAAUAGCAAUUUAUUGGCGACGACAUGGGGAGAAGCAACAAUAUGCGAAAACGCUGAUACCAUUACCGACAAUUCAGUCCCAACAACCGAGUCUGGUGGUGAUGGCAGAUGUACCUGCGGAAAUCUAUGUCGGGGAACCAUUCACAUUGACGUAUACGGUGGAUAAUCCGACAGUGCAUCUCGCCGAGUAUACUGCAUCCAUGGAGCUAAGUGAGGCAUUUGUGUUUUCCGGUUACAAGCAACUGAAGAGUCGGGUAUUACCGCUAAGUCGAUGCUCGUAUGAUUUUACUUGUUAUCCACUGAUUGCCGGAAAAGUGAAAUUGCCACGUCUCAAAGUGAUUGCCAAGCAGCAAGGUGCUGAGAAAGAGAUCCCGGUCGAAUUCAUUGGCAGCGGCAGUCUGGCUAUUUUGGACCACAACUUACAAGCCAAGGGGGUCGGUGCGGAGCAACAAAACUCACUGCUUGUUUUUGCCAAUGCGAGGAGAGAGUUUUAA